AUGAUGUUCCCAUAUUUUCCCAUAUUAUUCGUCCAUGACUCGCUGUUCCUGGCACUGCUGCGAUCCACCCACCGCCCCCCAGCGAGGCCGCCGUUGGUACUGGGCCCCGUGGAGUGUGAUGUCAUUGACCCCGAGCGUUCGACCUGGCGGCUCUCACCGGGGAAGCGGCUCACCCUGUCGCUCAUGCUGUCGGAGGCCGGAAAGAUCAACCACAAGAACAAGAAGAGGUGGGAUGAGCUUGAAGCCAAGAUGAAGGCUGACAAGGAGAGUGGCAUCAAACCCACUCCGCCAGAACCCGUGGUGCAGAAGCAGGGCGUCCUAGACUCCCAGGGUGCUGCCCGCACCGUGGCCAAGAUCGUGGUCAGUGGUCACGUGGAGAAGCAGCGUCACUUCCCCUCGAACCUCGGGGCGCCCGGGGCUCCCAUCGGCUUCUCCUGGAGUGGAACACUCGGACCGCGUGGAUUCGGAGCGUCGACCGUGGGGUGUAGCGGAGCAUGUUCACCUUUCGCGGGCGGCCUAGACCGACGAACUCUGUUCGCCCAGGCGCUACUGGGACCUUGGACCAUCUCAUGCCCCAUGUUCAAAGCACUAAGGCGAAGGGAUUUGAGCAGGACCGGCGGGUUUUAG